GAUGAAGAACCCGAUGCUGGAGGUGGUGUCCCUACUACUGGAGAAGCUGCUCCUCAUCGCCAACCUCAAGCUCUUCAGUUCGGGCGCCCCGGGCGAAGACAAAGGGAGGAAGAGUUUCUAUGAGAUCAGCUCUUUCCUCCGAGGCGACGUGCUGGAGGUGCCCCGGACCCACCUGACCCACUAUGGCAUCUACCUGGGCGACAACCGUGUCGCCCACCUGAUGCCCGACAUCCUGUUGGCCCUGACCGACGACAAGGGGCGCACGCAAAAGGUGGUCUCCAACAAGCGUCUCAUCUUGGGCGUCAUUGUCAAAGUGGCCAGCAUCCGCGUGGAUACAGUGGAGGACUUCGCCUACGGAGCCAACAUCCUGGUCAAUCACCUGGACGAGUCCCUCAAGAAGAAGGCGCUGCUCAACGAGGAAGUGGCGCGUAGGGCCGAGAGGCGGAUAGGCUUAACUUCCUACAGCCUACUGUGGGACAACUGCGAGCACUUCGUGACCUACUGCAGAUACGGCACUCCGAUCAGCCCCCAGGCCGACAAGUUUUGUGAGAAUGUGAAGAUAAUUAUUCGUGAUCAGAGAAGUGUCCUUGCUUCAGCAGUCUUGGGACUGGCAUCUAUAGUCUGUAUGGGCUUGGCAUCAUAUACUACUCUUCCUGCAAUUUUUAUUCCAUUCUGCUUAUGGAUGGCUGGCUAACUUCAUAUCCCCACGUCAGUGUGUGUAUCCUGUUUAUAAAUGUGUUUAUAUUUAUAGAGCACCAAUCAGUAUAAAGCAUUGUUGAGAAAAAUGUGACCUACAACACUGUGUUCUGGAUAAAAAUGUGAUUAAGAAUCACGCAAAGUGCUUACUGUGUAAGCCCAAGAACAAAGGCUUUCUGAAUCCUCUCAGCAGUUCUGUUUUGAAGUACCAUCCAAACCUUGGAAACAGGACAGCUUGUGAUAGAAUUCAGCAAUACAAGAAAAC